AUGGAUUUGGUCUUUGAAGAUUUGAGGCUUGACGCAACUCACUGUAAUUGUUUGGUUAUAAAGUUAGGACUUGGCCAUCCCGGGUUCUUUACUUCAUCACAGGUCUUUCGCGGACAGGGUGGUCACUUCAACUUCAUGGUGGUUACUCCGGAAGGUCGAACUACGCUGGAAGUAAAUUGUCUUGCGAUUGAAAACAUGCUAACGAUUCAGAAGUAG